CUUUACUUACUUCUUUUAGGACCAAGGAGAUUAAAAGCGAAGGAACAGAGUUUGUGGUGUGGAGGGGCAAGAUUUGAUUUUUUUUUUUUUUCGUUCUCAGUUUGGUUCUUCUGAAUUGAGUUUAUUAAUGUAAACGGUAAUAAUCAUCGAUUGUAUAUGGCGAAUCUGCUGUAUCUUCAGCUUUCUUCUUGCGUUGUCAGAGGCAGAUUCUGUUCUAUGAACUGCGAUUUUGAUCUCUGCCCAAGUAUCUUGAGCCGGGGCUCCUUUGAUUGCCGCGCUUCUCGCAGACCUAGCUGGGAGGAGGAGCUAUUCCGCGACGAAGGGUUUGCUCGAUUCGAGUUUGGGAACCGUAAGAAGAAGAAGCCGUGGUGGGUCGAUGAUGAUUGGAUGGAUGAAGAAGAAGAUGACUGGACUAUGGUUUUUGAGUUAUUUAGGACUUUGAGUUGGAUGCUUGCACCCAUUGGCAUGUCAUUGCUUCUUGGAACAGAUUCAAACGCGGGUUUAAUGGCAUUAGCAGUUCCUUUAGUACAGUCUGUGUUGUCUCUUGUGGUUAGUAAGGUCUGGAGCAGCCCAAGCAUUAGACCUAUGAAAAGAAGCAGAAGAGAUACCUUUUCAAGAUCUGGGAGUGUAGGUAGUGCAAGAACAAGGAAAGGUAAGCAAGGAGAAAACAUGAGGGGGGGUGUGGAUAAGGGAGGAUACAAGUCAUGGAUGGUAGGAGAUGCUGAUUCUAACAGCAUGGGUACUGUCUAUGGAGGAUGGGAUGAUCUAGACACGCUAAGGGAGAUUAGAAAUGACUAUCCGUCAAACGAGAAUGUUCGUCCAAAGCAACAGUUUGAAAGAAAUGCUAGUCGCCGGUGGAGAGUUAAGGAGAAGCCAUUGCUCUUGAGGAUGCUUAUUGCUGCCUUCCCUUUUUUGGGUUCAUGGACCAAAUUGUUAUUUUGACGAGGGGUUUAUCUAAGUCCUUAUAGCUCGGAGAAGUACUGUUUUCACGUGGGUUGUUAAAGGACAAGAGUUUCUCUCUUGAUUGGUCAUCAAAGAAAUUCAAUCGUCCUGAAAUCCUAAAGGUUAGCUUUCAAUUAUCUUGGAACGUAGAAGUUAGAAAACACCCCCUUACUUGUGAUAACUAUGCAUAUUCUUUGUAAGUUGAGAAUAUAUACCUGUCUCAGAGAUUUGUAUUUCCAUAAAUACAGAUGUGUAAUAGUUCUGUUUUGUAUAGCCGAAUUAGUAUCUUCCAUUUUAAUAUAAUCAGCACCAGUAAUUGGUGAUGGCGCACCA